AUGGGGCUAAUCCAUUUUGUCAAGGGCCGUAUUGUAGAUGAUCGCAUAAUCGACCCGCCGGACUACUACUUCUCGCUGUCAACCCGACAAACGAUUGGCUUCUGGGCGUUCAAUACCAGCGACAAAUUGCCCAGUACCGAGUCUGCGCAAGAAACAACGUUGUUUACACUUCUGGAUGAUGUCACUGCCGAUCUGGCCUUACGCUUAGUAUUCAUAUCUGCAAAUGCAAAGGAUUUUAUUGCAUUUACUAUGAGCCUAAACGUUACCAGAAAGGGCUCGUCGCCAGCCGUCAAACUUUUUUAUUUUGAGAACCAGAUCAUCAAAAUUUCCGAGCGCAUUAUCGUUAUCGAAUGCCCGCUUUACGACGCUGAAACUGCCAAGCUGGUGCUUGUUGCCCAGAUCGACACACCAGACGUACAAACAUUGAGUAGUACUGAUCUUCGCGGUCUCGUCUUUAUACAUGGUGGCGUUCUGGCAACCGUAUUGAACAACGCUUCGACGCUCCUGCUGACCAAAGUCGCUGGUAUUGACAUUGCGCAUGUGAAUACCGUUGCCAGGGACGUUCGUUAUCUCAAAGGGAUUUAUUUGAAUAGCAAGGGCGUUGUCAUUGAUGCAGUUGUCGAGGAGGCAAACGACAAGGAUGAGCUUGUUAUUUUUCCCAAGCUCAUGAAAGGCGCGGAUGUGCACACGACACUUAGGAUAACCUUUACCUUACCAAAACCCGAUUCGAAGCUGUAACCAUACUAAAGUGCAUUUGUCGUUGGGUUGGGCGCUCGUGUCAAAACAAUCGUAACCACAGAUAUAAUUUAAUUGAAUUUGACUAUGUUCACAG